GAUGGUACGGUCCCGCCCGCCCGGCCCGGCUGCGGUGGAUGUUGCUAGAACCCACGCGGAGGAAAGAGGAGACGCAGGCAGGCUGCGGUGACCCAAGCGGCCGCCCCUGCCUCCGGGACCCCUUCCUCCCUGAGAGACGGCAGGAUGACCCAGGGAAAGAUCUCCAUGGCUAACAAGGCCCCUGGGACCGAGGGGCAGCAGCAGGCGAAUGGCGAGAAGAAGGAGGCUCUGGCAGUGCCUUCGGCCCCACCCUCCUAUGAGGAGGCCACCUCCAGGGAGGGGCUGAAAGCAGGGGCCUUUCCCCCAGCCCCUACGGCCGUGCCCCUCCACCCCAGCUGGGCCUAUGUGGACCCCAGUGGCAACUCCAACUAUGAUAAUGAUUUCUCCACUGGAGACCACCAUCUCUUCACCACCUUCAGUUGGGACGACCAGAAGGUUCGCCGAGUCUUCAUCAGAAAGGUCUAUACCAUCCUACUGAUCCAGCUGCUGGUGACCUUGGGGGUCGUGGCUCUCUUUACCUUCUGUGACCCUGUCAAGGACUAUGUCCAGGCCAACCCAGGCUGGUAUUGGGCGUCCUAUGCUGUGUUCUUUGCAACGUACCUGACCCUGGCCUGCUGUUCUGGACCCAGGAGGCAUUUCCCCUGGAACUUGAUUCUUCUGACUGUCUUUACACUGUCCAUGGCCUACCUCACUGGGAUGUUGUCCAGUUACUACAACACCACAUCUGUGCUGCUGUGCCUGGGUAUCACGGCCCUUGUCUGCCUCUCAGUCACCGUCUUCAGUUUCCAAACCAAGUUUGACUUCACCUCCUGCCAGGGUGUCCUCUUCGUGCUGCUCAUGACACUUUUCUUCAGUGGACUCAUCCUGGCCAUCCUCCUGCCCUUCCAAUAUGUGCCCUGGCUUCAUGCAGUGUAUGCCGUGCUGGGAGCAGGCGUGUUUACGUUGUUCCUGGCAUUCGACACCCAGUUGCUGAUAGGUAACCGACGCCACUCACUGAGCCCCGAGGAGUAUAUUUUUGGAGCCCUCAACAUUUACCUAGACGUCAUCUAUAUCUUCACCUUCUUCCUGCAGCUUUUUGGCACCAACCGGGAAUGAGGAGCCUUUUCCUGCGUUCCUUCAGGAAAUGCUCCCUUCCUGGUCCUCUGACCCUCCCUCAUGCUCCUGCAAGCCCCCGAUAUAAAACUAGCUGCCAGCCCAGCCUGUGGCCAGCCCGCUCACUCCCCACAGCCCCUCUCUCAUCCUCACCCUCUGCAGCUUGUACAUUCGCCAUCAGGCCCUGAGGAACCGAGGCCACCGUGUCCCCGGCACCACCCCCCUCCCUAAGUGUGUCCGAUCUGGGGCCAUCGAGGCUCAGGCUCCUCUGGGUUUGAGGACUAAGGGAUGAAUGCGGGAAGCCCUGCAGGGUAUCACCUGUGGAAAAGAGACCCCAGGGAGCUGGCUGAGACCUGCACCCCCACCAAAACCCUCCUAAGGCUGCUACGGCUGUGAGGCCUCGGAGCAAAUUGUCCUGUGUCCAGUCUGCCCUCUUCUUUCUGUCCCUUCCAGGUCAGGCAUUGACACUUUGUAAGGUUGGGGAGAUGGCUCUGAGGUGGGGGCAGGGCGCAGGAGGGAGGUUGCAGGCGGACACAGUGGCUAUCCCAGGCUGCCCACCCUCUCUCAGCUCUGGGACCAGUUGUCUGUUCUGGGGACUUGGGUUCUGACACCAUGGGCAAUGGGAGAGUGGCGAAAAGCUAUCUGCCACUAGCCUGGGUCGUGGCAGAGCACUGUGGGGCAGGAGGUGGGGGCAGUGGGCCCUCCUACGCGGGAGCCUGCCCAGCUGGGGGCAGGGCAGUUGACUGGAAGGUCUGGGCUCUGCAGCAUAGCCAAUCCCCCUGCCCCCUCCCCACCUGGGAGGCUUUGGGGGUGGCAGGACUAAGACCCAUAUUCUCUCACACUCUUCUCUUGACCCCCCAGGCUGCUCCCACAGGCCUGAGGCUGAGUGAAGUGUGCCUGGCCUAGAGGGCUGGAUGUUCCAGGCGAUGGGAUGGUUCUAGCUGUGGGGCCAGCCCCAUCUAGGGGGAAUCCUGCCCUGCCCCCAGCCCCUCCCUAAGGCUGUGCCAGAGUCCUUUCUGCACGUCUUAUUUCCUAAUCCCUUCCUGAUCUGCUGCCAUUGGCUGACUUCAGCCAGGUCUCCUACAGCCUCAGUUAGCAGUGCCCACGUCCCUGCCCCCUAGCUUUCCUGGUCUCUCAGUCCUGAGUCCCGAAGCCCCCUUCCCUCCUUAUCACCCCAUCUCCCCAGUCUGGAAGCUGCCCAGCUGAUGCUAACAGCCAGCGCCAACCCUCCAGCCGGCCCCAUGUGAUGAAGCUGGGGCUCCUUAUCAGCCUCCGGGCGGCUGGGAUCUCGGACCCUGUGUGCGUCAGCCACCCAGCCCCAGGUGGAGCACCUUUUGGUGAGGGGGGCAGGGGCCAUGCCUGGAGGCAGCAUGCAGCCAGUGCAUGCCGUGGACUUGGAGCCCGUGGAAAGUUACCAGGAAGAGACCUAGAGCAGAUACCAGGACCUUCCCCUGGCCUCUUCCUCCAGGGUUCACCUCUUUUCUCCCUUUGCUAGUGCUCUGUUUGCCCCUGGGGAAGAUGACUAGGUGUGCUAUUUCCAAUCCCACCCCUCCACACCUUUCUUAUUUACAGCUUUCAAGAAAUAUUGAAAAAGCAUUUGUAGUUUUGUUCUAUCUUGGGUACUUGAGGAGAGAAGGAACCAGGAAUGGGUAGCUGUGUGCGUGUGUGUGUGUGUGUGAGAGAGAGAGAGAGCAAAAGAGAGAGAGAGAGAGAGAUUGGAAGAGAGGAAAUUGGGAGCAUGGGUGGGAUGCCCACUGGAUGCUGGUUGAAAUUAAUCCAUUACAGCAAUUCUACAAAGUCAGUACUCUGCAUCUCCCCAUUGCAGAGGAGAGAAAUUGAAGUGCUCAGAGAGGUUUGGUAACAUAUCCAAGGUCACACAGCCAAUAAGUGGUGGAUCUGCCUGACUCAAAAGACAUCACACUUAGCCCCCAGAUCAGGUGGGGGCUGGAAGGGGAAUCUGUGGGACCCCAAAGAGGUGGUGGUUAGGCCCUGAUGUCUCUGGGGAUUUGCUGUCUUCAGUGUGACCCUAACCUUCCAUCUCUCCCUCCCCAACAUUUGUGCUCUGAGGUUUCCACCUUUUUGGACCCAGGUUGGGAGGCAAGUUUCUGAUUCCAAGACUCACUGCCAACAAGUUCAUGGUAUUAGGCAGGUGUUUCUCCCCAUCUGUGAUUCAGUUUUCCUUUCAGCAAGAUGGAAUAUCAUGGCCACUGGGGAGGUGAAUGGGGAGGCGUCAAAACACUUGUUUCCGCUGAUUUCCUCACUCAGCUGCCGCCUCUCCUGAGGUCCCCUUGGUUUCCCUCCUGAUCUCUGGCCCCAGUUCUAGAGGGGUUAUCCACCCCCACCCCCCACCCUGCCCCUCCCAGUCUAGGCCUUGGUCCUGCUUGGUCCUGGGUUUCCAAGUCCUCUCUCCCUGGGACAAUUUAUGUAGAAACUGGGGAUUGAGAAGCUCAUCCGAGGCUGAGCUCCAAAAGCUUGGGAUAGGGGGUAAACCCUCAGCACUCAAUGCGACCAGACCGCAAAUCCCGGCCAUGUCAGAGCACUCCUGUGCAGUGUGGGGGAACCCAGCAGGUAUGAUAAGUCUCCCACUCUGGGUCUGGAGAGGGGUCCAGGGUCCCCCUGAGGGGGCAGUAGAGCUGAGGCUGAGGCCCGAUCCAGGCAGUGAGGAGCCCCAGGAACACUGGAUGGGUCCCGGAAGGAGGAAGGGCAGGGAGCAGAAGUGCAGGAUCACGGGAAUCCGAAGCUGGGCAGGUGGCACAAGCUGGAGAGGAAGUGGGGCACCUCUGGCCCCUCACAUUUUUGGCAGGGGUGGGGCUGGGACCAGGAAGGAGUAAGUUGGAUUUUAUAAAGCUAGAGAUGGCCAGUAAUCUGACCAUCUGUGAUGUGAGGUCAGAGAUCUGCUGAGGGUGGGGGCAGGAAAGGAGAUCCUUCUCCUGGGGACUGUAGGUUGGGGCCAGGGAGGCUCACGGAAGUCUCUGACUUCCCUCUACCAGUUCCCAGGCACAUGCUUGGUUCCUUCUGUACCUUCUGGGGAAGCCCCAAGAAUCUUGGUUCAUCCAUUCCCUGCUCUUCCAGGGGAGUCGGGAUUAGAUACACCUAUUCCCAAAUGCUCCCCCUCCGGCCCUGUCCCUCACCAGGGGCAAGUCCCAGGUCUGCUCGCCAGGGUGGGUGGCAAUUUUACAAGGGCUUUGCUGCCCCUCGGUGGCUGCUUGCGGAAACGCAGGGCCUGCUUCUGUGGGAGAGAAAUAGGUCAUAGCCGCCCAGGGGGUGGGAGCAGAUGUAGCCGCCGGCCUUCUCUUACCCAGCUCUCCUCAGCGCUCCCCAGACCUCUCUUCUCAUCAGUCUCUGGCUGUUCCCUUUUGUCCAAUGGCCGUAGCAUUUGUCUGACACUGUUUACCUCGUGGGCUGCUACAAGCCACCCCCUGCACGGCCCCCUCCCCUGAGCGGUCCUCCUGAGGGUCGGGGCGCAGACACCAGCACCAGGGACAGGGUCUUGGCUGCCACAGCCCCAGACACAACGACUGUCAUUCUAGCCGCAGCUCCUCCAAGUUCCCCUGUGCCCUGGUCCCUUUCCCGGCCUCACCUUCCCCGGGUCUGCGACUGACCGGAGAGAAGGAUAAAAGUCAUUAUGACACCCUAGCCACUUCCUUUGCCUUCCUUUCACUUGUUACCAAGUGGAUUUCAGAUGGUCCUUGGAGUCCGAGGUGCAAGUGCAGAUUCAGUGCGAAGGUUUAACACCAGAACUGCUCCUUCCAGUGUAGGCAAGUUUGAGUUAAAAUCCCCACGUUCAUUUUCAUGUGGAAGAAGUGACACUGGUCCUCUUCCUCAAAAAACCCUCACUGAGGCUCAUAGGAUCCCAGAGUUGGGAGGAAUCCCCGAGAGCUUGCACCUGUGACUGUGCUGCUAAAGUUUCCUCCCUGACAGGAGGCUCGCUACCUUUCACGGAAGCCUGUUACCUUGUUGGCAGUUCUGUUAGAAGAGUAUUCCUUAUUUUGAGCAGAAAUCCAUCUCCCUAGAAAGAAAGCCUGUGUUGCACCUGGACAGAUCCCCAAGAGCAGCAGCUUAAGGGGGAUGACAUCCAUGAAGCCUUUCUCAAUCCUUCCCCCAGGUACCCUGGCUACUCCGGAGCCCCCCUGCCCUGUACACACUGGCUGUGUCUUAACUACUCCUUCUGCCUCCUUCUUUAAGACUUGAGCUCCUUGAAGGCAGGAACUGUAUCUCGUUCACCCUCGAACUUCCAGGACUUACGGCACGUAGUCAGCCUCAGUAAACAACUUUUGAAUGAAUGGAAGAAUGGGAGAAUGAAAAAGCAAAUGAAUGGAUCCAUUCCAGCCCUUUCAUUUUUCCUAAAAGGAAACUGUGGAGCAGAAGGUGCUGUGACUCCUUCAAGGUCAUACACGACUUAGUGACUGGGAGUGGGAUUAGAGUGAACGUGGCGCUGGGGCAGGGCCCACAGGGGGUCAGUGUCACACGGGAGGAGUGGGAGAUAUUACCCUUGCCUCCAAGAAGGUUUUUUAUAAUUCAGUCGGAGCAGGGAAAGGGGAAGAGGCAAUAGGGGACUCUGAAGACAGUGUAACAUUUAUUAAGCACCCACUGAGUACAAAGCACUUCCACAGUCACUGAGAGAUGGGGGAAAGAGGAAACAUCAACUGGCUGAGACUCCCAAGUAAACGCUCAUUAAUGUAGCCCCACUGGGAAAGUGAGUGCUGAGAGGAUAUGGAUCAGCAGUAAGGGCUUGGAUCAGAAUCAGGGCUUGAAGAAUGUGAAAGCCUAAGGGGCAAGAACCGGAGCAAAGGAAGGGAUAGGGCAACCUAAGUGAUGAUGGGGAUGGGGUGAAAUGCUGGGCUCCCUUGUCUCUUCUCUGCCUCUGACCAGCCCUUCAGCCUCAUCAUGACUGUCUACCCAGUCCAUCCACUCCCUUCUGUCAGCUACAAGUGGUGACCUCUGUGCACACACACACCCCCACCCUGGGGAUAAUCCUCCCACCAAGGCCCUUCAUUCCUAUUUCCCGGCCUCCAAGUGUGGCUGGAGAAAUUCCAGAGCUGAGUUGAUCAGAUCCAGCUCACAUAUGCUCAUCUGGCUACUCCCAGGAAAUCUGUGUUUGUCCUCAUUGAUGGUGUCCCCCCCCACACACACACACACGCACACACACACUAUCUCACAGAUGGCCACAAUAGACUUUAUUCCCAGCCUACUAUCUCCAACCCCUCUCCGGGGACAGUUGGCUCCACUUUCUUUUCUGGGAAAAUCCUGACAAAAGGAGUGAGCCCCACCCCAUCCCUCGUUAGAUCCAUCAGGACCCUUUGCCGUAUAUAAGAAGUCCAACUGUCCCAAGGAAGCCGUGCCAGGGAGAUCAUGUGCAGGUGCUGUGACCAACAGACCCAGAGGAGCCCAACCUUCCAGCCGAGCCCAUGAGGUGGCAGCCAUGCGAGUGAAGAAAUCAUCUUGGAAGUGAAUUGUCUAACCUCAGCUGUCCCAGACCCUGGCGACUGAGUCUUCCCAGUUGAGGCCCAAGACAUCAUGGGGCAUAGACAAACCAUCCCCUCUCUGCCCUGUCCAAAUUCCUAAUCUGCAAAAUCUGUGAUCAUAAUAAAAUAGUUGUCAUUUUA